GAUUAUGCAUGAGCCAUGACGUGUGGGAAGACCCAAUUUGAGGAAGAACGAUACGUAUAUAAAGGUGUCAGAGUUAAACCACCACAGUGUCAUUUAUCUGUUAACAUGUAUACUUUGACUGGACAUAAAUGCCUGGAACUUGCUUUUGCGAUGUCACUUCUCUGUUGGGCAGACUGCUCUCCAAAGGAUGAUUUAGCUCCCCUUGAUUUGCAGUUCCAUUCUUUGGACUUCAGAAAUGUCUUACACUGGAAACAUCCACACAAAGCUGUCAAGAACCUGACAUAUUUUGUUCAGCAUAAAAUAUACGGAGACAAGGAGUGGACUAACUCUGAACACUGUCAGGGCAUCCGGAUGCUGGAGUGUGACCUGAGCCAGGAAACGUCCGAUCCCAGGGAAUGGUACUAUGCCAGGGUCCGUUCCUUGUCCUCUGAGGGCUUCUCAUCAUGGGUCCUUAGCCACAGGUUUUACCCUCAGUGGGAAACUAAUUACAGCCCACCACAGAUAAAGGUGACCGUGACAGGAAGGAUCAUUUCAGUGCAGAUCAGACCUCCGAGGUCACCACUGCGAGGACAGAGGGGCUCUAGGAUACCAGUGACAAAACUGCAGAAACUGACAUUUAGAAUAUACCUGAUUCACAAUGAUGUAGAAGAGGAAGUUUAUGAAACAGACAGUUGCUCCAAGGAGCUUGUGAUCGAGGGAUUACGUCCGAAAACCACCUACUGCCUUCAGGCUGUGUCCGUUACCCCUCGCUCAGGUCACAAAAGCUUACGGAGUCCCAGCACCUGCAUCAACACUCACUGAAGGCUUAGUGUCUCCCACAGGGUGAAGCUGCUUCUGGACCUUUGUUCAACGUGAAAAUUACACGCAUACACUACAUAGCGGAAUGUCUGUAAUUUUUCACCAAGGUCAUGUCUACUAUAAGACUCUUAGACAGGCUUUGCCUUUAGGUUACAUUAAAGCUGAAGUGUGUAAUUUCUGCACCACUAGCACAAUCACCAUCAGCAAAAUAAUGACUGUUUACACACAGGUUUCCUAAACCCUCAUCUUUCAUUGGGUGGACAAAGAAAAAGUGCCACCCUAAAAACACACCACUGGUUUGAGCUAACAGCAGUGGAAAGUAUUUACACUUUUUUUUUCUCUCUCUCUCUCAGGGAAAUCAACAAAUGGCUUACUUGAAGAUAUUUAGUAUUAAGUUUUUUUUUUAUUAUUAUUAUUAAAAUAUACACACAUUUCAGCUUUAAGGCUAAUGACUGUUAAAAUUAAACCAUGAACUAUUGUCACUUUUAGGGCUGGGAACUGAACACCAGACAGUAGUUUAAUGUUGUGUUAAAGUGUUGGAACUCAAGAAAUAUAAAACAAAUGACUGAAAGUAAAACUAAAUAAAUUAUGAAAGAAAAACAAUGCUUAAAUGUUGUAUAAAGUAUUUAUUGGUCACUUGUGUACAGUAAAAUAGUAGAAUUUGAUAUAAAUGAGAUGAUUCUGGGCUCAGCCCUUUUUUCUUUGAGCCCUCCUGGAGCAAAUAACCAGUCCACAUCAGAACAGAACAGCUUUUUACAUUAAACUGGUCACAUGGGUAAAACAUCGGAUACAAACAGAGCUCAAUACAACAUACACUAAAGAGCAAAACCAGUAAAACUAUUAGCAGUGCAUGUGUACCAUGUAACAAUCUAGCAAAACCGUUUCGCAAUCCAAGACUUCAACUUUGGUGAGAACAUAAAUCUUCUGUUUUCUGUCAUUUACACAUCUGCGUCCUUCACAUUCAGAAAUUGGUCUAAAUAAAACUGCUUUAAAAGUUUGAUCUCUGCAGUUCUCCCUUAAUAGGAGAAAUGAUUGUGCUUAGACAAUAACAUCAGAUGAAUUCCUUAAAAACAGGAAUCAUAUUAUUACUUCAUCUAUUAAUGAUCUUUGCAAGACAUAAAAAGGAGGCACCACAAUGUCUCUCCAAGUCCUUUGUUCUUCUGAAUCCUAAUGUGCAGUUGUCUAUCUAAACUAACAGUACUCAUUAUUAUGCUUUAAUACAAUAACAGCGUAAAUGUAAUGAACAAUCAUCAUGACUCGAAAAUUCCAGUGCUACAAAACAUAUUUUGUUCUUCUUUCUUCAAAACAGCACCACAUAAUGGGUGUCAGUGUGAAAACCUCUCAUUAUUUCUGGAAAAAAAAAAAACACAGUACAUUUAUGCUGACGGAAA